UCAGGGAUAUCUUGGAGCCAUAGGGUAUUGGGUGUCAAUUUUUUUGUUUAUACGAGCUGGGGGGGCUUUAGUUCUUAGCAAGUGUAUUUAUGAAUACAUUUGCUAUUCUCUUAUGUUUUUGACCUUGAUGCCUGGAUGAGGUGAAUACCAGCCAGGGUAAAUGCAUACCAUUGCCUAGAAUCGGUCAAACGAGCACCAACAAAAAAUGGUUCUGUAUAGUGAUUUAUUAUUCUCUUAUUGUCUCAAAGGGUUCUGAGGAAAAGUUGCAGUUUGGAUUUUUUAAUAUGGAGUCCAUCCCUUUGCAGCCGUUUAGGACAGGCAGCAGCUUGUUUAUUUGAGUUAUUUUCUUUUGUUAACAUAUCAUUACAUAUGCUCAAGUUUCAAUUGAUUUGGUAUUCGGAUUAGUUACCAGGAAACUCCCUCAAUGCUUUGUCUUGGUAUGAAUCUUUGGCCAACAUGGAUCUUGGUUAGUACCUGCGGUUUCACUUUGCAGAUAAGGAAAAAGUGUACGAACACAAGUAAAUCAAUAAACGCAAAAUUUAUGCCUGUGGUUGCUGUGUUCCAGAGAUGCACAGCUGCUGUUCAAUGGAUGCAGCAGUCAUGUGGAUGUAGUUGAGUUCUGGACACACUUUUCUGUCCUUUGUCAGCUAAUGAAUGGAAGUCAUAAGAGCCGAACACUGGAUUUUGUGCAGUUAAUGAGUCAAAGUGUUAAUCAUCUCAACAGCAAAGUCUUUUACCCCCUCAUUUUGGGAACAACAGCAGCGAAACUAGGAAGCCUGUGGGCCCUUUUAUUGCUGCUUCUUUUCAGAGCUUGCCGUGAUAAGGAGCGAGAUCAUGCAAAAAAGGAAUCAAGCAGGAGGUCCUGAUCCUUCUUUUUUAUUUUCCUCGCAUAAAAUGCAUCUCUGGCCAGGUUCAAGCAAUUAAGUCACAGCACAUUAGAAAUAUCAUCCAAGUCAUUCCUUGGAAGCUGGACCAGGUCUCAACUCGGAAACACUUCCAUUUGGGUAAUGCAAAGAGAUCAGACACAAAUAUGUGAUCGAUUUUCGUUGUUCACAUGGGCACCACAGUUUAUUCUUCGGCGAGUUGCACAAGUUCAUGGAGCCACAGCCACUGAGAAGACAAAGCAUUAUAUAGUUUACAUGGGAGAGCAUUCACACCCUAAUGAAGAAUCCGUGAUCAAUGAUAACCAUGAGAUACUUGCUUCAGUUACUGGAAGUUUCGAUGAAGCGAAGGAAGUAGCUCUUCACCAUUAUACGAAAAGCUUUAGAGGUUUUUCAGCCAUUCUAACACAAGAGCAAGCUCAGCAGCUUGCAGAAAGUGAUUCGGUUGUUUCUGUGUUCGAGAGCCGAACGAAUCAGCUCCACACAACGCAUUCAUGGGAUUUUUUAGGCGUAAACUCUCCCUAUGCGAAUAACCAAAGGCCAGUGACUUCGUCAGUGUCUGAUGUUAUUGUUGGUGUCAUUGAUACAGGAUUUUGGCCCGAGUCUGAGAGCUUCAGCGAUACAGGCUUAGGCACUGUGCCUGUGAAAUUCAAGGGAGAAUGUGUUGCUGGUGAAAAUUUUACAUCAGCUAACUGCAACAGAAAAGUUGUAGGAGCACGGUUCUACUUCAAAGGAUUUGAAGCAGAAAAUGGGCCCUUAGAAGAUUUCGGUGGCACUUUCUUCCGAUCAGCACGAGACAGUGAUGGCCAUGGAUCCCACACUGCCUCAACUAUAGCUGGAGCUGUGGUGUCUAAUGUUAGCUUAUUUGGGAUGGCCAGAGGUACUGCAAGAGGUGGUGCACCAUAUGCCAGACUUGCCAUCUACAAGGCUUGCUGGUUUAACCUGUGCAAUGAUGCUGAUAUUCUUUCUGCCAUGGACGAUGCAAUCAAUGAUGGAGUUGAUAUCCUUUCUCUUUCCUUUGGUGCUAACCCUCCUGAGCCUAUUUACUUUGAGAGUGCAACUUCUGUUGGAGCUUUCCAUGCAUUCAGGAAAGGAAUAGUUGUGUCUUCUUCAGCAGGGAACUCAUUUUCCCCAAAGACUGCAGCCAAUGUUGCUCCUUGGAUCCUCACUGUUGCUGCUAGCUCUUUGGACAGGGAAUUUGACUCAAACAUUUAUCUUGGAAAUUCACAAAUUUUGAAGGGUUUUUCACUAAAUCCUCUGAAAAUGGAAACCUCAUACGGUUUGAUAGCUGGAAGUGAUGCAGCUGUACCAGGUGUUACAGCAAAGAAUGCGAGCUUUUGCAAGGACAAUACUCUAGACCCUGCAAAGACUAAAGGGAAGAUUGUGGUGUGCAUAACUGAGGUUCUUAUUGAUGAUCCAAGAAAAAAGGCUGUAGCUGUACAACUAGGUGGAGGUGUAGGAAUUAUAUUGAUUGAUCCAAUUGUCAAAGAAAUUGGCUUUCAGUCUGUAAUACCAAGCACAUUAAUCGGUCAAGAAGAAGCACAACAACUUCAGGCUUAUAUGCAAGCACAAAAGAAUCCAACUGCAAGAAUUGCGCCAACAGUUACUGUUUUGAACACAAAACCUGCACCCGAAGUGACAGUGUUUUCUUCACAAGGACCAAAUAUUAUAACCCCGGAUAUCAUCAAGCCAGAUAUUACAGCUCCUGGUCUGAAUAUUUUGGCAGCAUGGUCUCCAGUGUCAACUGAUGACGCAGCUGGGCGAUCCGUGAACUACAACAUAAUCUCUGGAACCUCCAUGUCUUGCCCACAUGUUUCAGCAGUUGCAGCAAUCUUGAAAUCUUACAGACCUUCUUGGAGUCCAGCAGCGAUAAAGUCAGCAAUAAUGACAACAGCUAUAGUCAUGGAUAACACUCGAAAACUUAUUGGGAGAGAUCCAGAUGACACCCAGGCCACACCUUUUGACUAUGGAUCCGGACACAUAAAUCCACUAGCAGCAUUGAAUCCAGGACUAGUUUAUGACUUUGAUUCCAAUGACGUUAUUAAUUUUCUCUGCAGCACUGGUGCAAGGCCUGCACAAUUGAAAAAUCUCACAGGACAGCCAACUUAUUGCCCAAAGCAAACUAAACCAUCAUACGAUUUCAACUACCCCUCGAUUGGCGUGUCUAACAUGAAUGGAAGCAUAUCAGUGUACAGAACAGUUACUUAUUAUGGUACAGGACAAACUGUUUAUGUUGCGAAGGUUGAUUAUCCACCUGGUGUUCAAGUUACAGUGACACCUGCUACUCUCAAGUUCACAAAGACAGGCGAAAAACUGUCUUUCAAGAUAGAUUUUAAACCUCUGAAGACUAGUGAUGGGAAUUUUGUGUUUGGAGCUCUGACAUGGAGUAGUGGUAUUCACAAGGUCAGGAGUCCUAUUGCUCUGAAUGUGCUUUCGUUGUAGAAACAAGCCCUCUACUGCUGAUAGCUUUCGUAGCUAAUUUUGAGUUCACUAAGGUGUAUGCCUUUAUCUUGCAAUAUCCUAUCACAGAAGAUAUGAUGCAUUCAAAGUUCAUAUCAGUUUAAGAAAAUUCAUAUGCUAAGGAUCAUGCAAUUCUCCCCUUUGCAUUAAUUUUUUUACACACUUCAGACUACAUCCCAUUUUUGUCAAACAACUAGUUGUGGCCACCAUGCCCACGCGAGAA